AUGACAACCAUUAGUUCUUCACUAGAAAAACUUUCAUUGAAAGAACCAACCAAAUAUGAGGGUUCAUACCCAGAAUACAACACUGUUGAUCUUUUACGUAACUAUAUUACCCAAGAAUUAUCAAAGAUCUCUGGUGUUGAACCAAAAUUGAUCUUCCCAGCUUUAGAAUGGACAAACACUUUAGAUCGUGGUGAUUUAUUAAUCCCAAUCCCAAGAUUACGUAUAAAGGGGGCCAAACCUCAAGAAUUAGCUACCGAAUGGGCUGAAAAAUUCCCAUUAGGUGAAUAUCUAUCAAAAGUUGAAGGUAAUGGUCCUUUUAUUCAAUUUUUCUUUUCUCCAAAAUUUUUGUUCAACCUUGUUGUUAAAGAUGUUUUGAAACGUAAAGAAGAUUAUGGUGCUUGUCCAAUUGGUGAACAAAAGAAAUUGAUUAUCGAAUUCUCUUCUCCAAAUAUUGCAAAACCUUUCCAUGCCGGUCAUUUACGUUCCACUAUUAUCGGUGGGUUCUUGUCUAAUUUAUAUGAAAAAUUAGGCUGGGAUGUCACUCGUAUUAAUUAUUUAGGUGAUUGGGGUAAACAAUUCGGUUUAUUAGCUGUUGGUUUCGAAAGAUAUGGUUCAGAAGAAGAACUAUUGAAAAACCCAAUUAACCAUUUAUUUGAAGUUUAUGUUCGUGUCAACAAAGAUGUUGAAAAUGAAGGUGAUUCAUUAUCUGAAGAAGAAUCAACUAAUGGUAAGGCUCGUGCUUAUUUCAAAAAAAUGGAAGAUGGUGAUGAAGAUGCUUUGAAAAUUUGGAAAAGAUUCCGUGAUUUAUCAAUUGAAAAAUAUAUUGGUACUUAUAAACGUUUAAAUAUUCAAUAUGAUGUUUAUUCAGGUGAAUCUCAAGUUUCACAAACUAAAAUGAAUGAGGCCCUAGCAACUUUUAAAGAACAAGGCUUAACACAUGAAGAUAAAGGUGCUCUAUUGAUUGAUUUGAAAAAAUUCAACAAAAAAUUGGGUAAAUGUAUUGUCCAAAAAUCAGAUGGUACUACUCUAUAUUUGACUAGAGAUGUUGGUGAAGCUGUUCAACGUUAUGAAAAAUAUAAAUUUGACAAAAUGAUUUAUGUCAUUGCUUCUCAACAAGAUUUACAUGUUGCCCAAUUCUUUGAAAUUCUGAAACAAAUGGGUUACAAAUGGGCUGAGAACUUGCAACAUAUAAAUUUUGGUAUGGUUCAAGGUAUGUCCACCAGAAAAGGUACUGUUGUGUUUUUAGAUAACAUUUUAGAAGAAACUAAAGAAAAAAUGCAUGAAGUUAUGAAGAAAAAUGAAGCUAAAUAUGCUCAAAUUGAAAACCCAGAAGAAGUUGCUGAUCUUGUUGGUAUCUCUGCUGUUAUGAUUCAAGAUAUGCAAGCUAAACGUAUUAACAACUAUGAAUUUAAAUGGGAACGUAUGCUUUCAUUUGAAGGUGAUACUGGUCCAUACUUACAAUAUGCUCAUUCACGUUUAAGAUCAGUUGAAAGAAACUCUGGUAUCCCAGCUGAAAAAUUAACCGAAGCUGAUUUCUCAUUAUUAACAGAACCACAAGCUGAAUUAUUAAUUCGUUUAUUAUCACAAUAUCCCGAUGUUUUAAGAAAUGCCAUGAAAACUAAUGAACCGGCAACUGUUGUCACUUACUUGUUCCGUUUGACCCAUCAAGUCUCUUCUUGUUAUGAUGUCUUAUGGGUUGCUGGUCAAACUGAAGAAUUGGCUACUGCUCGUCUUGCAUUAUACGCUGCUGCUCGUCAAGUCUUGUAUAACGGUAUGACCUUGUUAGGUUUGACUCCAGUUGAUAGAAUGUGA